CACUAUGCAACCAGCCGGUUUCCUUAAUUUUACAAAGUUGGCACUGAAAUCGGUGAUAGGUGGAAAAAGCAACUUUCAUCGAGCUGGUUAUCGAAUUACUUCACAAAAAUGUCUUCAAAUUCAAUAGAAAGCGAGAACGAAAAAAAUGACUUAAAGACUGAAAACGAUGUGGACAUCGCGAUGGAUUAUUCCAUCAAACACCCGCUUCAAAACUGUUGGACACUUUGGUAUUACGAGAAUGACAGGAGCCAGACAUGGGAGAAGAACCAGAAGGAAAUCGCCUCGUUCCAAACUGUUGAGGACUUCUGGAGUUUAUACAAUCACAUUAAGCCGGCAAGUGAGCUGAGACAAGGCAACGACUACUCCCUGUUCAAGAGGGGGAUCAGGCCCAUGUGGGAGGACGACGCGAAUAAACGGGGGGGCCGUUGGCUCAUUAAUUUAGACAAGAAACAGAGGAACAAUGAGCUUGAUCGGUACUGGUUGGAUAUUAUUUUGUGUUUAAUUGGUGAAGCUUUUGAGCAUUCGGAUGAAAUCUGCGGGGCCGUAGUCAAUAUUAGAGGAAAGGGUGAUAAGAUUGGAGUUUGGACCUCUGAUGCCACCAAAAGCGCGGCGGUCAUAGAAAUCGGGAAGAAGUUAAAGGAACGGCUGCAUAUACCCCCGAGGACGGUUUUAGGAUACCAAAUCCAUAAAGACACUCAGGAUAAGUCCGGUUCUGUUACCAAGAAUUCAUACACUGUUUAACCACAAACAUUAGACUAACCGUUGAAAUGUUUUCGUUUUGAGAAUGUUCUGAUACAUUUUGUAUUGGUAUUUAAUUUCCUUUGGUUUAUUUGAAUAUAUUUAUUUCAUUUUCUACUUUA